AUGUCUGAAAUCAAAGCAGCUUACAAGAAAUUCAGCACGGAUAAUGACUUCCCGGACUUAUCCCAGCAUAAUAACUACAUGGCCAAAGUCCUGACGAAGGAUCUCUACAGAAAACUAAGAGAUAAGGCAACGAAAAAUGGGUUUACGCUGGACGAUGUGAUUCAAACUGGAGUAGAUAGUCCCGGUCAUCCAUUUAUCAUGACAGUUGGUUGCGUCGCCGGAGACGAAGAAUCUUACGAAGUGUUUGCCGACUUCCUUGAUCCAGUCAUCGAACUUCGCCACAAAGGCUUCAAGAAAACCGACAAACACAAGACAGACAUCAACCCUGAUAACCUGAAGGGCGGAGACGACUUGGAUUCAAACUAUGUUUUGUCAUCAAGAGUUCGAACUGGGCGCUCAAUCCGAGGAUUUUGUCUACCGCCUCACUGUUCAAGGGCCGAGAGAAGAAGCGUUGAGAAAAUAACAGCGGAUGCUUUGAGCAAACUUGAUGGGGAAUUAAAGGGCAAGUAUUAUCCUCUAAACAAAAUGACCGACGAAGAACAAGAACAGCUUAUCAACGAUCAUUUCCUGUUCGACAAACCAGUCUCGCCUUUACUGACAUGCGCAGGUAUGGCACGUGACUGGCCCGACGGGCGUGGCAUCUGGCACAACGAGAAUAAGAAUUUCCUGGUAUGGGUGAACGAGGAAGAUCACACGCGAGUUAUCUCUAUGCAGAAGGGUGGAAACAUUCGAGAAGUAUUCACACGCUUCUUUAAUGGUCUCAACAAGGUAGAGGGUCUUAUCAAAGACGCUGGUUAUGAGUUCAUGUGGAACGAACACCUUGGCUUCGUCUUGACUUGUCCUUCGAACCUUGGGACUGGACUUCGAGCCGGUGUUCAUCUGAAAAUUCCAAUGCUGGGUAAAGAUGAGAAGAAACUUGACUCCAUCUUGGAAAAACUCCGUCUACAGAAGCGUGGGACUGGUGGAGUCGACACAGCAUCUGUGGGAGGAAUCUAUGACAUAUCGAACGCCGAUAGGCUUGGGUUUUCUGAAGUUGAGCUCGUGCAAGCAAUGGUGGAUGGGGUUGGCUUGCUGAUCAAGAUGGAGAAAAAACUGGAAAAGGGAGAGAGCAUUGAUGAUCUCAUUCCAAAAUGAAAAGAAAACUAAGAAGAAAGAAGCUUCUGAACACUAUUAAUUAUUGAUUUUUUGAAAAGAAACUCUAAUCCUAUUGCAUCAAUCUGAAUGUCACUU